AUUCUAAAAGAAUAUACCUUUACACAAUGUUGGCCAUUAAUAUCAAUGAUAUAUGUAUAUAUAAAUAGAAUAUUAAAUGUACAAAUGAUUGUUUCUUUCAAAUUUAGCCAUAUAUCAAUAUGGUUAUAAUCGGAAAUUUAUUUGAUUGAUACCAUAACUACUAACAUUGUUUAUUAUAAUAAGUAGUAUAUAAUAUUUUAAUCAAAACAUCUAGUUCAAACCAAUUAAAAACAAUGUCAAUUAUUAAUUGAUUGUGAAAAUCAAUAAUACAAAUAAUGAGUCAACAACCUUUUUUAAUAACACGUUUGCCUGAGAAAAUCAUGCUGCAAAUUUUUUCGCAUUUAAGUCAUCCAGAAUUGUGUAAUAUUGCGCGUGUUUGCAAAAUGUGGCGUCGAUUAGCAUAUGAUCAUUCAUUGUGGCAGUCACUUAAUUUACGACCUGAAUAUGGUGGAAUAUUUGUGAGAUCAAUUGAUGAGCUAUUAAAUCUCAUUCAUCACAGAUCUGGGAGUGGGUUAAGGUGUAUUGAACUAUCCAGCGAUCUAGUCACUAUACCAGUUUUAGAGGAACUCGGAAAUCGAUGUCCAAAUCUUCGCUAUUUAACUCUAGAUUUUUCUAAUGCUAUGCAACUACAUGAUUUCAACGAAUUGGCUUCGUUCCCUUCAUCAAUUAAAUAUUUAUGUAUUUGUUUAAGUGAUGUGAUAUUUAUGGAAGGUUUAAUGAGAAAAAUCUAUUCAUGUUUAUCAGCGGUGGAAAUUUUGCACUUAAUUGGAACAUUUGAAUUAGCUACAGAGGAAGAAGAAGAAAUUUAUGAAGUCAUCAAUAUAAGUAAAAUUAAAGCCCAUACACCUAAUUUACGUGUUAUCAAUUUAUUUGGUAUCAACUUCAUUGAAGAUAGUCAUGUGGAAUUAUUAGCCAGUAAUUGUAUUCAUUUGGAAUGUGUCGCGCUUAAUUUUUGUUUAAAUGUUAAGGGUUCAUCAUUUACAUUAUUGAUUGCGAAUUGUAAAAAGUUGACAACCCUACUUCUAGAACAUUGUGGUCUCAAAGAUGAAUUUAUGAUGGCUGUACCAUGGGAAAAUUCAGGAAUUUGUGAACUUGAUAUAACCUCUACAGAAUUAUCUGCUGAAUGCCUUGAAAAUUUCUUAACACGUAUACCAUAUUUUACUUACUUGGCAGCAGGUCAUACAGAUUUUUUUACUGAUCAUAUAUUGAAUACACUUUGUGACAGUGGUAAAUUUAAGCAAGUCAAAGCUAUUGAUUUGAGCCAUACACCGGCACUUAACGAACAGUCCAUAACAAAUCUUCUUAAGCUUCAUGGUCAUCAGUUACAUGGUCUUAUGCUACAUGGAAAAGCUACUUUGGCUGAAUAUUUUUGGACUACUGUGAUUCCAUAUCUUGGUGCAAUAAAAGUUUGUGUACUUGGAGCAUCACAUGGUUGGUUUUUUAAAUACAACACACGAGUUCAUAUUGAUAAAAUUCUGGAAAGUUUUGCCGGAUUUUGUCCAAAUUUAGAAGCAUUAGAAAUACAAUGGGAUCCAGAUACUAUUCGGUUUAGUGAUAAAAGUAGAAAAUUCAUUGAUCGAAUUAGAAUCAAAUGUCCUCGGUUAAAGUCUUUAACUCUUAGUGAUGGAAAGUACUAUGAAAUGGUUAAAGGAAAUUUUGAAAGAGCAGAAUGUCCUAGAGUAGUACGCACUACAACUACAUAUAUUACAAGUAUUAUUAGCUUACUGAAACGUUAUAAGGAUUUGAGAUUUAAUUAAUUCUAUAAAACUUAUAUGUAAUCGCUCUUUUAGAUUUUAUACAAUUCAGAGAAAUAAUCAGGUGAAAGAAUAUUCAAAAAAUAAUAAUGAAUUGCAGAUAAUCACUUGGAAUUUUAAAUUGAUGUGCGAGUCCUAUAGUGCAGCCAAUGAAAUAACAUCCAAAUUUGUAUGUUGUUAAUUUGCGAAUAUCUUUUGAAAUCUGCUAUUGUGGAAUAAAUAGAAAAACACAAUCAUGUUUUAUAGAAAAUAUGAGUUUGCCUUUUUCAUUUUAAUUUUAAUUCCAUGUAAUAUUUUCCUUAAAAAGUAAAUAUCACUUGAUAUUUAAUAAGAGUAUAUUUGAAAUACUUUUAACACCAUAAAGCAUUUAAUAAUACAUGUUUGUCUUUUAGAUAAUAAAAAUAUUUAUCUAUCUUCAUAAAAUCAUAAAUACUAACCUUUCAGUGCAGGGCUGUGGAUCCUGUUUAUUUAUCAAAAUCUAUCAUGUGUACACUAUAUAUGACAAUAACUCUUUGAUUUUUACCCUCGAAAAAUUGUGAUCAGGUCCUGCAUCGAUAUAUUAAGUUUUUUGUUGAUCCUAGAUGAAGUCGCCUCUCUUCACUCUACUCAUUAUUUAUUUGUCUUGGUGGGUUAUCGUAUUUGUUG